AGUGGAGGGAAGGCUGUAGCGGGGUCGAGCCGCACCUCAGCAGGGAUUACAGCGCUCGAGCCGCGGGAGAUCGUCGAUUGCUACCCCGCAAUUGGAUCAUCCCCAAAUCUUUAGCAACGACGCGUCAAAUUUGUUUGCUGAAAUGGAACCAACUCGCGUUUGAACGCUACCUACAUAUCCCGCUGCAUGGUGACAUAUUUUCUCUCACCACGCCAGGGCCUUCCAUGAUAGAAAACCCAAGCCUGUUGACGCCAGGCUCUGUGCCGCUCGCAAGAUGCGGUUCAAGACUGAGCUGAAGAAUAUACGCACAUUUUCCAAGUUGACUGCUGCGCUCAGCUCCUUGGAAAAAAUUGCUUGGGUGAGGCUUGACGAUGAUACGGCGCGCUUCACUGUGAUUCCGGCCCAAGGGUCGCAAGUAUGGGCCACACUGUCGAUGGAUCUCAUCUUCGAGAACUACCACAUCCAGUCAGCCGAGGCGAACAACACCAUCAAUCUCGAGCUGCCCCUUGGUCCAUUGCAGCGCGCACUCAAGUCCGCCAUAAAUAGCACAGAUGCCGAUUUGCGCCUCACCAAGAAAAACGGAAUUCCGCUCCUGUCAAUGACCAUCCGGACGACCACGAAUCCACCAAACCAGGGAGGUGCUAGCGGCGGCUUUGGAGGAUAUGGGAGGUCCAGGGCCGGAGGCGGAUUCGAUGACCCGUUUGCCGACGACGCCUCCUUCAUGCAAGAAUCCCUUGAACUCACCAUGAAGCGAGAGCGCGAAAAGGUCAUCACCCAGGACAUACCCGUGCGCGUGUUACACCCAGACACGGUCGAAACGAUCAUGCAGCCCAAGGUGCGCGAGCCCGACGUCCACAUCCAGCUGCCGCCUCUGAUGCAGCUCAAAGCCAUCAGCGACCGCUUCACCAAGCUGGCAAUGACGGCUUCGAGCGGUGGUACCGGAGGUGGGCUGCAUGCGACAUCCGGGGCCAUGGGAGGGUCCAACAUCGGCUCCACGGCCACGGCGUCGUCGAUCAACGGCCCCAAGCUGGAGUUGAGCGCAAACAUGCACGGGUCUCUGCGCCUGCGCAUCGCCACUGAUUCUCUCGACGUCGAGUCUGUCUGGAGUGGCCUUGAAAACCCAGAGCUCGACCCGGCUCAGCUAUCAGUCCCCAUCGAGGACCACCCGAGUACGCGCUUUAAGGAGGCUGGUCCAAACAAGUGGGCCAGUGUCCGGGUUGACGGCAAAGAUUUGAGCAAAGUCCUCAGCGUCGGGCGCCUUGACGGUCGUGUCAUUGCGUGCUUUGCUGAUGAUCAUGCCCUUAUCCUUUACGUUUACGUCCCACAAUAUGACGACUCGGGUGCAGACGAUUCCGUUCUUACGUACUACGUGUCGAGUUAUAGUGCCUGAGUUUUUGUGACUAUUUAGUGUCAUAAAGUCGGGAUCAUGACGAAAAUUUCUACGAAUAAGCCCUCGGACGGGAGAGGGCUGUGCCAUGUUUGCGAGGCGCUGCUGUGAUUAACUGCUUCAUCGUUUACUUGAUAUGAUAUGAUGAAAACCAUAUCAUAUACGUGCUGAGACUUGUUUCUUUUCAUGUGUCAUUCCUCAUUUUUAUUUCACACUAUUUUAGGCCUUGGCAAAAUCUUCGAUGAACCUGGCCAGCUUCUCAGCGCCCUCCAAUGGGAUAGAGUUGUAGUUGCUGGCGCGGAUGCCCCCUACGCUACGGUGGCCCUUGAGUCCAGUCAAGUUCAAUGCGGUCGCUUGUUUCAAGAAUUCCUUCUCGGCCGCAUCUGUGUUGGCCUCGCCUCCCUUGGUUACACGGAAACAGAUGUUCAUCCUUGAGCGGGCACUCUUGGCCGGGACUACACGGAAGACCUCUGGGUGUGCGUCCAGCGCAGCGUAGAUGAGCUUGGCCUUCUUGUCCGCGACGGCUUGCUGGCCGUCGACCUUGUCAGCGGGGUAGGUCGCGAGCAGCUUCUUGAGAACCAGGCCCGCGAUGUAAACGCUAAAAAGGACGGUUAGUACUACACACGAUGACUUAUUGACUAGGUAAUACGCGAUACGCAC